AGCGUCCCGGGCGACCGGGCUGACUGUUCCGUCAGUGCAGCGGCUCCCUCUGAGCCGUCAGUCACCUUGCAAACCCCGGGCCGGUGGACGGACGCUCCUCGGCCGGCUGAGAAGGGGUAGCAAGAUCAGGUCAACGGGAAGCGCUGCAAAGGAAUGGAGGGGCGGGGGGUCUUCAAUGCAAAGAAGCAAAUUGCCACAAGUGAAAAAGGUGUGCAGGCGGGCGGAGUUACGAAACCCGAGGAUUUCCUUUUUUAAAUAUUCCCUUUUCUAAAACAAAAUGUACAUAGCAAAUGCUUAAUAAGUGCCUUGGAAGGGAAACGGACAGGGAAAAAUCCGAGCCCGAGAGGAAACUGCCACUGCGAAGCUCGGUAUUUGAGGAGAGGGCAAAGCGGACCUGCAGAGGACACCGAUCAUCUGGUUGCACCAUCUUCAAUGAAACUUGAAAACUACAGCUGCAUACCAAGGAAAAACACUGCUUUGUGUCUUAAUUUGGGAAUGAAGUCCCUCACGCACACGUUUAACGACUAGGUGAUCAGUGACAACUCGGCAGUAAAGAUGACUGAACCGAUCAACCUGCGAUGCUGCUUUCUCCUGUUGACUUCCGGCUACCUGCUGUGUGCUCUUGCCCAGGAUGCAAACCGCACCAUCGCAAAUGGGACAGAGCAGAUGGCCGGACGGGUGCCUUUUAUUACGUCCCAGCUGGAUCACCUCAUAGCCAAAGAGGGGCUCAGUGUAACCAUAGGCUGCAACGUCAGUGGAAACCCCCCACCGCAAGUUCAAUGGUACAACUCCAAUGGGCGCUUGCUGAAUCAGGAGGGUGGUAAGUGUUGGAUAUCGGAGAGUGGUUUGCUGAACAUCACUACAGUGACAUUUGAAGAUCGAGGGAAGUACACUUGUGUGGCCUCAAACCCUUACGGGACCAUCAAUUACACAGUGACUCUAAGAGUCAUCUUCACCUCAGGGGAUAUGGGCAUUUACUACAUGAUUGUUUGCCUUGUGGCAUUCACUAUCGUGAUGAUCUUGAACAUCACCCGUCUGUGCAUGAUGAGCAGUCACCUCAAGAAGACCGAGAAAGCCAUCAAUGAGUUUUUCAGGACAGAGGGUGCAGAGAAGCUGCAGAAGGCCUUCGAGAUUGCUAAACGGAUCCCCAUAAUCACCUCGGCUAAAACCCUGGAGCUGGCUAAAGUCACCCAAUUUAAGACGAUGGAAUUUGCCCGAUAUAUAGAGGAGCUUGCUAGAAGUGUGCCCCUUCCCCCACUCAUCAUGAACUGCAAGAUGUUUAUGGAGGAAAUAAUGGAGGUUGUGGGCAUGGAUGAGCCAAACCAUAUCUACGUGGGAGAUGCACCAGCAAGACAGGAAGCUCAAGAUGAAAUGUACUCUGUACCAAAUUCUAUAAAACGUAGUAACUCAUCAGCAGGGGACUCAGACGAGGCAUCUUUGCAUGAACAGCCCCAACAAAUUGCAAUUAAGGUAUCAGUACACCCCUUGACUAGUGAAGAGAGACAAUCCCAGCAAGAUACCAGUCACCAGCUUGAGGACGAUGACAAGGAGUCAGAGGCAAAACCAGCUGCUGUUGAUAAGAGCUCUGAACCUGGGUUGACAGAGAAUGCCAGCGAAGUUGUCCCAGCAGCUUCUGUGAAGAGUGACCAUGUCACAGUGGUCUUGAUGGAAAACUACAAGCAUGCUACACCGCCUGUGAUUCGGAAACCAUCCCGGGUUUUGUAUGAGAGCCAUGUAUAGUGGGCACGGACCUCUAAGCACUCCUCAUUAUACCCUUCUAGGUCUUAACAAUAAAACAUUACAAGAAGAUCAUUGCAGAAGAGAAGCAAAUGUAAUAAGGCAUGUUUUGUUUUAAAUUCUGUUGCAUCAGAUUACUUUGGUCAUUACUGACAUCACACCUUAGUAGUUGAUUUUUUUGGAAAAAAAACACUUAAUUUUUUUGCAAAAACAUGUAACCAUCCACCAAUGUUAUUUUCGAUGAAGCACUUAUAGAUAAUGUGUCACAUUACGUAACUGUCCUUUGAACUAUUUAAUCUGACAAUUUUAGCUUAUGAUCCCAUUCUCGGUUGGUCAGACUUAAUAUUAAGUUGUCACAUCAUAUGCUUCCUGCUGGAAUGUAGACAGGUUGGUAGACAUUCACUAUUUGUUGAAGUAAAUUACCAAAUACAAUAAA